AUGCAACUCAUUUUUAGCUUUCUCAUAUUUCCUAUAUUCCUCAUUGGAUAUACUUAUUCAAUCAGUUUUACCUUACCAGUUAGCACAAGAAAAUGUUUAAAAGAAGAAGUUCACAAGGAUACUAUGGUUACGGGUGAUUAUGAUAUAACUUCACUACCCGGUUUAUCAACUCAUCUCGAAGUAAAAGAUACUAAAGGUCAUAUCCUUUAUAAUAAAGAAGAUGCAACGAAAGGAAGAUUUGCAUUUACAACCGAAGAUUUUGAUAUAUUUGAUAUAUGUGUUGAAACAAAAUUACCUCAUGGUCAACAAAAACAUCAUUUGUCACCUCAACAUUCAACUAAAGAAGUAACAAUAAAAAUAAAACAUGGUGUAGAAACUAAAGAUUAUGAAGCAUUAGCAAAAGCUAAUAAUCUUAAACCAUUAGAAGUUGAAUUAAAUCGUUUAGAAGAUUUAACAACUUCAAUUGUAUCAGAUUUUGCUUAUAUGAAACAACGUGAAGAAGAAAUGCGUACUACAAAUGAAUCAACAAAUAACAAAGUUCUUUACUUUUCCAUUUUUUCAAUGUGUUGUUUAAUGAGUUUAGCUUUGUGGCAAGUACUCUAUUUACUUCAUUGUAGGAUGCGUUCUAUUUUACUACUAACUUUUUUCUUCUUAUUAACAUGGGCUGUCGAUGAUUUUUCAACAGCUGAUGAUGAUAAUGCUAUACUAUCAGGUCCAAAUAUCGUUGUUGAUUUAAGUAAAGAUAAUUUUACACAAUAUAUUCAACAAAAUCCAGUAGUACUUGUUGAAUUCUAUGCACCAUGGUGUGGUCAUUGUAAACAACUUGCACCAUUUUAUGAACAAGCUGCACGUUUAAUGAAAGAUGAAGAAAAUCCUGUUGCUUUUGCUAAAAUUGAUGCUACAAUUGAACAAUCAUUAGCAAUGGAAUAUUCAAUUGAAGGUUAUCCAACAUUGAAAAUCUUUCAUAAAAAUAGUCAAAAACCAGUUGAUUAUGAUGGUCCUCGACAACCAGCUUCAGCUAUUGCUGAUUUUAUGAAAACAUUUGCUGAUCCAACUUGGACACCACCACCAUCAGAUGUUAUUGAAUUAACACAAGAAAACUUUGAAAAAUUUACAACUGAUGAAGAAUUAACAUUAGUUGAAUUUUAUGCGCCAUGGUGUGGUCAUUGUAAAAGACUUGAACCAAAAUUUGAAAAAGCAGCAACAUUAUUAAAAAAAGAUACUAACAUUCGUUUAGCUAAAGUUGAUAGUACUGUUGAAACCGAAUUAGCUACUUCACAUAAUAUCACUGGAUAUCCAACUUUAUUUGUUUAUCGUAAAGGUGGUAAACGAAUUCGUUAUGAUGGUGAACAAACUGAACAUGGAAUUGUUUCAACAAUGAAAGAACUUUUAUCAUUACCAAGUCGUGAAAUACGAAAUAUGAAUGAUUAUAAAAAUUUAUUUAGAAAAAAUGAUCAACCUGUUAUUAUUGGUGUAUUUCAAAAUGAUCAAGAUCAUUUAUAUCAAUUAUUUAUUGAUUAUGCAUAUACAAAACGAAAAGUUUUUCAAUUUGGACAUACAUUUGAAAAAUUCUCAGUUUUUGAUGAUGUACAAAGUCCAGCAAUUGUUCUUCAACAUCAUUCCGAUGUUCGAUCAAAAUAUGAAAAAGAAAAAUUUAUUUUCAAUAAACAUAAUGCGAAUGAAAAUGAUUUUGAAUUAUUUAUUGAACAAUAUCAAAUACCAUUAGUAGGAAUCUUAACAGAAGAAAAUCAACGAAAUAUUUAUUUAUCACGACGUCCAAUAUGUGUUGUUAUGUAUGAUUUAGAUUUUUCAUUUGAACAUCGUGAACGAACACAAUAUUGGAGAAAUAAAAUUCUUAAUGUUGCAAAUAAUUAUAAAGAUAAAUAUACAUUUGCUGUAGCUGAUGAAGAAAAAAUGUCAGGAUUAUUAAAAGAAUUUGCUCUUGAAGAAUCUGCUGAAGAUGUAAAUGUUGGUUGUUUUGAUAAAAAUGGUUUAAAAUAUCGUAUGGAUGAUGAUGAUGAAUUUACAUCGGAGUCAUUUGAAGAAUUUGUUAGUAAAUUAAUUAAAGGAAAAGUGAAACCAUAUUUUAAAUCUCAACCAAUUCCAAAACAAUCGGUUACAAAUGGAAUACAUACAGUUGUAGCAAAAAAUUUUGAAAAAAUUGUUAAAGAUAAAACAAAAAAUGCGGUAGUCUUUUUUUAUGCACCAUGGUGUGGUCAUUGUACAAAUUUUAAACCGACAUAUAUGAAACUUGCUCAACGAUAUACUAGUCAAUCAAAUCUCAUUUUAACUCAAAUUGAUGCUUCAGCAAAUGAUAUUCCAUCAGGUUUUGAAGUAACUGGUUUUCCGACAAUUUAUUUUGUUCCAAUGAAUAAUCAACCAGUGAAAUAUGAAGGAAAUCGAGAUAUAAAUGAUUUAGUUAAUUUUAUUGAUAAAAAUCUUCAAUCAAAAAGUGAACUUUAA